AAUCAGUGGACACGGUGCCGCCCCCUCAGGAUGUGUUCAGCGGGUGGAGACAGGACUGAAACACAAGAGAUUGAACUGUACAGCAGCUCGAGCUGAAGGAGUGAAGACAGAAAAAAGCAUCAUGGCUUCAAGGUUCGGCGUAGUCCUUGCCCUUCUUGCUGUGUUUCUCAGUGGACUGGAUGCAUCAAGACCAGCUGUAAACCAGGAACUAUCCAAUCUUUUCAAUGAGAUGUGGACAUUGGAUGUGAAUCGCAUGACCCCUGCCACAGACUACACAAUCUCUGUUCAGGGUAGAGCUGGUUUUGUAACCCAGGGCAGCCAUGUUGUGCACGACCGAGCCGCACAGCCUCUCUUCUCCAACGUUAACGAGACCAAGCUGCAGAACAUAGUAACCUUCACCCGCCUCAUGAAACUCCUGGACAACUAUGAGCGGUCCACAGGCGUGGCUGAGCGAGUCACAACAGAGGAGCUGACUGAGAUUAAUCUCUUCCUGGAUGCCGUCUUAGAGACAGAAGUCAUGAAGCGAGCCCAUCGGUACCUGGUGAGCAAAGCCAAGUCCAACUCUAACCUGAGGAUCUUUAAAAAUCAGCUUCGCUUGAUCUGGUUCAAUCUCUACCACAGAAAGAGAAACUCAGCCCUGGAUUCCUGUGGAUUCGAGCAUGUGUUUGUUGGAGAGACAAAAUCUGAAACAGAAAUCAUUGGUUUCCACAACUGGAUCCAGUUCUACCUGCAAGAAAAAAGCUUGCACUUGGACUACAAAGGAUACAAGGCCAGGGAUCAUGACUUACCCGAUCAAGAUGACCACGUCCUGAACCUCCAGUUCAGCUGGCAUGGUCUGGUGAAGCCCGUCGGCAGUGCCUUCAUUGGGACCAGUCCUGAGUUUGAGAUGGCCAUCUUCACCAUAGUCUUCCUCAUGAACACAGAGCGGAGCACCACAGUGCUGGUCAACAUCGACCAGUGUCAGAUGGAGCUGGUGGUCAUCAGACAGGGACGUUCCCUCGGGACAGCAUACCCCAAACUGCUGAGCAGCAACAGCAGACAUGUCAGUCAGCACUGAACGAAGGGGUCUUCUGAUAUAAAGUGACACUAUUUUUUAAACUGCCAUUUUAUAAAGACUCAAUCCAAAUAUAAUGAAGUAGUUAAUUGACACUGCAUCUAUACUCUUUUGGACAUUUCUUCAUAUCAAUCCCUGCUGAUUGUAGUUACUUUACUUACAUGAGCAAGAGUCUGUGUUUUGGUUAAAACAACAUGAACCUACUUAAUACAGUGCAUAACAUUUAUCUGUAAACGCCUGUCAUUUCUAUCAACCCAUUUGUAAACUUCAUUCAUUUUUUAAAUAAAAUGUUAUAACCCAAUAAAAUGUAACAUAACA